UUUUCUUUAAUUUUUCAACGAAACGAAGUGAGUACUUUGUGGAUCUCUGCAGUGCAACACACGCGGAAGGAGAGAAGUGCGAGAUGUCGUGCUUGGCAUCGUGCUGUGCGUCAUUGACAUGCGGACUCUGCACAUCGGUAGCCUCCGGUGUAACCAGGAGCUCAGCUAGACUUGCUUAUUGUGGCCUAUUUGGUGUUUCUUUGAUCGUCUCUUGGGUUAUCAGAGAAGUCGCUUCUCCUCUCCUCAAGAAUUUCUCAUGGAUAAACACUUCGGACAAUUUAUCGAAGGAAUGGUUUCAAGCACAAGCUGUUCUUCGUGUCAGUUUGGGGAAUUUCUUGUUUUUUGGAGUGCUUGCACUUAUAAUGAUUGGUAUCAAGGAUCAAAAUGAUAGGCGCGACUGUUUGCAUCAUGGUGGAUGGGUUGCUAAAUUGGUGAUCUGGGUGUUGCUUGUUGCACUCAUGUUUUUCCUCCCGAACGGUGUCAUAACAAUUUAUGGUUUUCUUUCGAAAUUUGGGGCAGGGUUCUUUUUGUUAAUCCAAGUAAUAAUAUUAUUAGAUGCUACACACUCGUGGAAUGAUUCAUGGGUUGCAAAAGAUGAGCAGAAGUGGUAUGUUGCUCUACUUGUGGUAUCUGUGGCGUGCUACAUAGCAACAUUUGUUUUUUCAGGAAUUUUAUUUAUGUGGUUCAAUCCUUCUGGACAUGACUGUGGACUGAACGUGUUCUUCAUUGUUAUGACCAUGAUUCUUGCUUUUGCAUUUGCUGUUAUUGCUUUGCACCCAAAGGUAAAUGGAAGCCUAUUGCCAGCUUCUGUGAUAUCUGUUUACUGUGCUUAUGUUUGCUAUAGUGGUCUCUCUAGUGAGCCUCGAGAUUAUGUCUGCAAUGGGCUCCAUAACAAAUCAAAGGCAGUAACAACAAGUACCCUUGUUCUUGGAAUGCUUACAACUGUUCUCUCAGUCCUAUAUUCUGCUCUUCGUGCUGGAUCUGCAACAACUUUUAUGUCUCCACCAUCUUCUCCCAGAUCAGUUGUAGGUGAGAAGAAAUCUCUUCUUGCUUCCGAGGAGCUGGAAUCUGGGAAAGGAUCACCAGAAGCACGGCCAGUGAGCUACUCCUACACAUUCUUCCAUCUGAUAUUUGCUCUGGCUAGCAUGUAUUCCGCGAUGCUUCUUUCUGGGUGGACUAGCAGUUCUGAGAGUUCAGAGCUAAUUGAUGUCGGCUGGACAUCACUUUGGGUUCGCAUAUGCACGGAAUGGGUUACUGCUGGACUGUAUGUUUGGUCACUUGUGGCUCCACUGUUAUUGCCUGACCGCGAAUUCUAUUGAUCCUAUGUAAUGUGAUUAAUACGUUGUUCUCUCUCUCUCUGUUGAUGUUUGUGUGUCUUCAACUGGUAUCAAGCUUGUUAUGUAAAUAUUAAAAAUGCUUCUACUGAAUGAGCACGAUCUAGUUAUGAUAAUAGAUGUGUAAUGUAAUUGUAGUAAUUUGUAUCCAGCUUUGCAUGUACAGUUUAUGAUAAUAGAUGUGUAAUUUCAGGUUUCAGUUAA